AUGGCUCCUCUUUUGCUCUUCCCUUUCAUGCUUUCCAUCUUUUCAAUGUCCGUUGUUACUCAAUCUCUGAAUAAUCAACAAUUGCUCUUGCAAUUAAAAGCAGCCAUUACUAACAAUAACAACACUCUGCUGCCCAACUGGACUCCCCUUCACCCACUCUGUAAUUGGACCGGCCUUACUUGUCAUCCCUCUUCUCACUCUCUCCUCGCCCUUAACUUGUCCCAAAUGAAUUUAUACGGCACCAUCUCUCCUGUCCUCGGAAAUCUCUCCUCUCUUCGAUCAAUCGAUCUCUCCUACAAUGCCCUCACUGCUACCAUUCCACCUCAGCUCAGUCAGCUGCCUCGUCUGCAGAUACUGCAGCUUAGCCACAAUCAAUUACAAGGAACCAUUCCUACCACUCUCUCUGCUUGCCGAAGUUUGUUUCGCUUUUCUCUCUCCUAUAACCAACUGCAUGGCAGCAUUCCGCCCUCUCUAUCUGAAUGCCGCAGUUUGUAUGACCUAAGACUCUCCCAUAACCAACUGCAUGGCAGCAUUCCGCCCGAGCUGAGUCACCUCACAAGUUUGAAGAUCCUUCAUUUGGGAGGAAACAAUCUCACAGGCACCAUUCCCUCUGAAUUGGGCAUGCUCAUUCAACUCCAAUCUCUGUACAUUCAUACUAAUAACUUAGAAGGAACCAUUCCCAGAUCUUUAGGAAGUCUGUCUGCUUUGACUGAUUUAGAAUUGGGAAAGAACAGUCUUCAUGGUCACAUUCCCCCUGAAUUGGGCAUGCUCACUCAACUCCAGGUUCUGUACCUUGAUUCAAAUAACUUAGAAGGAACCAUUCCCAGAUCUUUCGGAAAUCUGUCUGCUUUGACUGAUUUAGAAUUGGGAAAGAACAGUCUUCAUGGUCACAUUCCCCCUGAAUUGGGCAUGCUCACUCAACUCCAGGUUCUGUACCUUGAUUCAAAUAACUUAGAAGGAACCAUUCCCAGAUCUUUAGGAAAUCUGUCUGCUUUGACUGAUUUAGAAUUGGGAAAGAACAGUCUUCAUGGUCACAUUCCCCCUGAAUUGGGCAUGCUCACUCAACUCCAGGUUCUGUACCUUGAUUCAAAUAACUUAGAAGGAACCAUUCCCAAAUCUUUAGGAAAUCUGUCUGGUUUGACUGAUUUACAAUUGGGAAAGAACAGUCUUCAUGGUCACAUUCCCCCUGAAUUGGGCAUGCUCACUCAACUCCAGGUUCUGUACCUUGAUUCAAAUAACUUAGAAGGAACCAUUCCCAGGUCUUUAGGAAAUCUGUCUGGUUUGACUGAUUUACUAUUGGGAAACAACAGUCUUCAUGGUCACAUUCCCCCUGAAUUGGGCAUGCUCACUCAACUCCAGUUUCUGUACCUUUAUUUGAAUAACUUAGAAGGAACCAUUCCCUCCUCUUUAACAAAUCUCUCAAAAUUGAGUGAAUUAAGAUUAUCUGGAAACCAGGUUAUUGGACAUAUUCCAUUGGAAAUUGGUACCAAGCUCUCUAAUUUGCAAAUUCUCAGAUUAAGGGGAAAUCAGCUUAGUGGAAACAUACCAAACUCCCUUGGAAAUUGUUCCCGUCUCGCAAUACUCUCUUUAAGUGCAAACCAUCUCCAAGGUCCAAUUCCUCCUGAAUUGGGCAUGCUCACUGACCUACAGUAUCUUUACCUUGAUAAAAAUAUGUUAUCCGGCACCAUUCCUAAUUCCUUAGGAAAUUUGUCUGCCUUGAGGAAUUUAAGUUUGUCAGAAAACCAUCUCCAAGGCUCCAUUCCCUGGUGA